GCCUAAAGCCAAAUGCCAAAUUGACAAUAAUAAUUGCAAAAUAUAAGAAAUUGCAAGCCUAGUUCACAUUUGAUAUUUUUCAACAUUAUUAUAUCAUAAUGAAGAGAUCCAAGACUCGUUCAGAAGUAACAUUAUCUCCCAAGAUAUCUGAGGUUGUGAAAGACGUGUUAGAAGAAUAUAUACCUCCACUAGAUGAACUUACUGUAAAGAUAAUGAGCCUAAGACUCUCAGACGAACCUAGAACGCGAUUCGCUGUCAAAGUAACCUUCUUCGAUCAGCUUCUGCUAACUGGGAUAAUAAAAUCAAUCGGGGCUAGGGAUCCUGAUAAGGAAAAGGCUAUCUCAAAAGGAUCCAUGAGCUAUGAUCCUUCGGAUUAUGAAAAAAUGUGCCUCUUUGCAGAUUGCCCUUUAGUAGUACAUAUUCAACCACUUAAAGAAAUGGAAGUCAGCCAUUCGAAAAUGGGUACAUCAUCUUCCAAAUUUGGUGCUACAUCGGUUUCUAAAAUCGGCAUGUCUACUGUCAAGUUAGGGAUGUCACAAAGCCUGAUAUCACAUAAAUCUGGUACGUUUGGAAAAACUGUGCCAGACAUUAGCUGCUGCAAUGUUGAUAUUCUACCUAUAUUUCUAAACCUAGACAAAAUGUGCGUCAGAAAACGCAUGGAACCGAUGUUCGAGCCUAGAGUCCUGCGACAGAAAAGUUGGGAUAAUUUGCCUCUUUUAACUUUGGAGCUGUCAGUCGAAAGACAUCCCUUGAAUGCACACCACCAUGAAGUAUUAAAAAAGGCAAAUUAUAUGAAAUUCACGUUGGUGGGUUCAUACAACAUGAUCGAACCUUAUUCCAACGAGUUUACAUACAUGGCAGCCACGAAAAUGCCUGCUCGAAACGAAAAUAAUACCAUAGUAUUAACUUUCGAGCAAGGUUAUAGUGUUCCAAAAAAAUUUAAAGCUACAAGCUUCUACCCAAAAUGGGAGAACUUGAGACGCAAUGAUGAUGUUUUCACUCGAGGUGACGAAAAGAUUGUUUACGAUAUUGAUACUUUACAAAACGAUACUGGUAUAGAUCUAAACUAUUAUAUGAACAAGAUGCCACGAUGCUAUACAACAGUGUGGGGAUCAUUUCGCAGAACUCUGAUGUUAGAGCAAAAUGAAUGGCUUUAUAGUCUUCUACGUUUUUAUAAAUGGCCUUUCGAAAUGCAUAUGAGCGGAGAUCAAAAUAAAAAUCAUGAUUUCAUGGCCCAUCUCAAUCUUUUCAAACUAUUGUAUCCAGGAGAGACGUGUGUUCGUAUGGCAGUCCCGUUGACCUGGAUCAACCACGUGACUAUGUUCCAACAAUGCGGGUGUGACUUGUUGUCAACGCAUACUGAUAAUGCUCCUUCCACUUCUGGCAGCACGCAGAAACAAGUCAGCAAGAACACAAACAGCAAAGGGUCUGGUACAGUCACCAGCACGGAUACAGAAUCCGUUUUCUUCCGGGCCACGGGGGCGGAUGGAAACACAGCCUUUGUGAUUAUCGAAGUGAAGUUAGCUCAUCCGCUGAAGAAGCCUUGCAUACCACCACUAAUCACCAACUCGGAAUUAGCAGAGAUGUUGUCGACCCUGGAAGCUGGUGUGGAUAAGCGCGAGUGCACUGGUCGUGGCCAGCUGGAUCGGGAGUGGCUGUCCACUUUGAAAACCGCCGUGGUGUCCCUCAACAAAGUACCGCAUUACGGCAUGACCGAAUUCUGUAAUUUCAAUCGUCAACUGAGUGAAACGAGGACUAGAGUUGAGCUUCUAACAUCUUUCACUAACGAUGCUGCUGUGUACGUCAACAAUAAUUUCAUCAUAGGAGAGUUUCUAAAUUCCGAUGAAAUAUUUGAAGAGAUGCUGCUGAUGGCCCACGCGUGUCUCAUGAAAAUUACAUGUCAAAUGUUGGUGGAAGUUAAUACUCAAGACAUAGACCCGACACUGAGAGCAGCAAGGCAUGCAAGGCACAUGCAGGAUGUGUAUCACGCCAUGCAACUUUACCUACAGUUAGUGGUACAGAAGCCUCGAGAUGCCGACUACUGGCGGGAGCUGUCCACUUGCCUUAUGGAUAUUAACAGGGACUGGGGCAACGUAUGCCUCUCCAAGUCGUUGCAGCUCAACUAUCGACACCCUAUAACUCUCCUGGCUAAAGGCUGCUUGGUGUUCGACACGGACCCAGAGGGAGCUGAGAUCUUCUUCGCGGCCGUGCUGGCUCUGUACCCAUUCUGGACCGCAGGCUGGGUCGUCGUCAGCUGUUACUAUUUCGAGCAGCAGCAGUACCACAUGGCUGAUGCUAUCAAAGCCAAGAUGAAGGAAACCAAGUCAGGAGGCCUGUUAAACUGGGACCAGAUAGCGCAGCCUCGCUGCUGGGGCUUCGAGCUCGGGGACUGGUGGGAGGGCACUCCUCUCCUGCCAGGCAUGACCGUCUACUACGACGCUGCUGACCUUCUGCUGAGAUUGCGAGCCUUUACCUUAGCAGACGUGUGCGUAGCGAGAGCGUUGGCCGAAGCUGGAGAGUCCGCUGCUUACUUCCAUCUGGUAGCGCUCUGCUGCCGUCUGCGUGGGGACAUCAAUGAAGCGAUAUGCCUCGUCAGAACGGGAUUGGAGAAAUUUGGAGAGAUUGUUUUCCUCCGGGCAUUAGAAGCAGAAUGUCUUCACCAAAUCAAUGAUAACGAAGCAGCUGCAGCAUCUUUUGAAAAAGCGGGCAGCGUAGUAGGAGCGUUUAGUACUCUUCUGAGUCUACCGACACGGGAAGGUGUGCGAGUCAGGUCUACCCUGGUGGACCUGUUACGUCGACAACCCAACGCCUAUGCUUGGAUGGCCCUCGCCGACGACUGGAUGAAGCGAGCAGCAAUGGGUGAGGGCGGUGACGGGGAAGCGACUGACGAACAGGCGUCAGCUAAGAUUUGCGCAACGGCCUGCGCAGUGGAAGCCCUCAAAUGGGACCGACUGUCGGCGAAAGCCUGGGUUUUGUUGUCGACACUAGUGACACCUAGCGCCAGGAGACUGCACUGCAGGGAGAUGGCGAGACUUUGUGGUCAUGUGUUCGAAGAUUUCAAGAAGGAAUACAGCACUCAAUCGCAGCAGUCUUUGUGCCACCGCAUCGGCACAUCCCUGCGAGAAUGUCGUUGUAAAAAAAACAAAACUGACACCCCUAAAUCUUCCAGCCAACACAUUUGCUAAACACCAGGAUUUAAGUAGGUACAAUCGGGGGCAUAAAAACCUAAUCACCUAUCCUAAUUAUUAGGAUAGGUAUCCUAACUUACUGCACAGGUUUAUCUGCCCCCGACUGCACUUCUGCUUACGUUUUAUGGAGUCUCUAUAAUACUAUUAUUGAUACGCGAUAUUGACAUAACGUUAUCAGAAUCGACACCCAAAAACUAGUCUUGCGUUGUUUUUCUCAACGCACCGAUUUGAAUAGCUCCGCCUCCAAUAGCACUUAGCUAUUCUAUUUGGAACACCUUUUAUGAAAAAAAUUUAAUAGAAUAAAUGAAAAGGAAUAUUAUUAUGGGUGCUCCUGACGAUGGACAGUCAAAUCGGUGGUGGGGCAAUACCUCGCCUCCUCACUUGGUUUAAGGUUUAUUUAUGAUUCUAGUUUAAAAAUGUACCUUUGUUAAUAAUAAUAACUGAAGUUUUAUCAUUGUUUAGGUAUAUAAAAAUGAUAAACAAGUAUAAAUAUAGUAGAUACAGAAUGAAAUACAAACCUAU